CGCCGCAUCGCAUCAGAACAAUGAAGCUAGACGCCAAGCCAUGGAAAUCGAGGCACGUGAUGAAGUGCUCAACAUGACGGUGAGGCUGGCUAACGAGCCAGAUCGCGAGGAUGGAACAGCCGAUAUGUUUGAUGAUAAUGCCGACACUUCAUUGAAUUACAUUUUGUCGUCUGUGAUUACACAAAUUGAUGAGACAGUGCUCGUCUUUCUCAUUGCCAUGCUAAUUUGUGGCAUUAUCUAUGCAUUUCUGCUCUGCAUACUCUCUAAGCCAGCCAUGAAUGAAAUAUUCCUCGUGUUGGUCUCCUAUGUCAUAUUGGGCACGUUUCUGGGCAUUGAGAUUGCCGUCAGCUAUGCUAUGCAGCCCAGCAAAUCCUUUAACGGCAGCGCCUGUUGCAUUGUGCUCGUCUACAUGACAUACACAAUGUUGCCGCUGCGUUUGAGUGAGGCGCUUAUAGGUGGCGUGUUGCUCAGUGGCAUGCACCUAUACACCUGUCUGCGAAACGUGUCCUCGUCAACGACAGCGACAACAACAACAAUGCCAACAAUGACAGAAAUUCACUGGCAGGAGCUGUUGUGUACGUGCGUGGCAUUGUUUUUGGCCAAUUUGACGGGCAUCUAUACGCACUGGCCAAAGGAGAAGGCCCAACGUAAGGCCUUCAUAGAGACCCGCCAAUGCAUCGAGGCACGAUUACGUACCCAGCGCGAAAAUCAGCAGCAAGAACGUCUGCUGCUCUCCGUGCUGCCGCGUCACGUUGCUAUGGAGAUGAAGGACGACAUUGCAGGACAGCCACGUGAUACGCAGUUUCAUAAGAUUUAUAUACAGCGACAUGAGAAUGUCAGCAUUCUUUUUGCGGACAUUUGCGGCUUCACAAGCCUUUCGGAUCAAUGCACGGCUGAGGAAUUGGUGCGCCUCUUGAACGAGUUAUUUGCACGCUUUGAUCGAUUGGCUGCUGAGCAUCAUUGUCUGCGCAUUAAGCUGCUGGGCGAUUGUUAUUAUUGCGUCUCCGGUUUACCCGAACCAAGGCCGGAUCAUGCACAUUGUGCCGUUGAAAUGGGUCUCGAUAUGAUAGACGCCAUUGCGCUGGUCCGCGAGGUUAUGGCUGUGAACGUCAACAUGCGUGUGGGCAUUCAUACAGGCCGCGUGCAUUGCGGCGUUCUGGGUCUGGUCAAGUGGCAAUUCGAUGUCUGGUCCAAUGAUGUAACAUUGGCGAAUCACAUGGAGAGCGGCGGCAUACCAGGGCGAGUGCACAUCACCAAGGAGACGCUCAAAUGUCUCGACGGCGAUUACGAGGUAGAGGCAGGCAAGGGUGCCGAACGCAACUCCUAUCUGAAGGAUCAUCAGAUUGAGACGUAUCUCAUAGUGCCGGGCGAUAUCUACAGACCGCACAAAAAGUCGCGCAAUCGUCUGCAGGUUAAUGGUAACAUCUCAAAGGAGCUGCGCAUGAUGGGCCAUGGCACUGCGCAGAAACACACAUCGAAAUUUGGCUUUGGUGACAGUGCGGAGAGUACCAAGGAUCCAGAGGACGAGGUCAAUGAAUAUCUUAUGCGUGCCAUAGACGCUCGCAGUAUCGACCACUUGCGGGCCGAGCAUUGUCAAUCGCUGUUGCUUUGUUUUAAGGACAAUGCGUUGGAGAAUAAAUAUGCCAGCGAACCAGAUCGAAUGCUCUGCGUGUAUUUCUACUGUAGUCUUUUGGUGCUACUGGGCACCAGCGUCAUGCGCCUAACUGUUUUCCAGAGCACUCCAUCGGCACUGGCGCUGUCCCUGGGAGCCCUGCUCUUGAUGCUGCUGCUGGUAUUUUUGGUGGCAUGUCACGAAAUCAAUUUGAAGCUACCAAUGGGCAUCAAAAGGUUUUCAUUACAUAUUCAUAGCAAUCGAAGGCUCUCGCAAUUUUUUGCCUUCGCCACGGUAGCUCUGAUUGCUCUGACCACGCUCUUCGUCAUGUUUCAGGAGUCUUGGCGUCAACUGAAGAUACUACAGACCAACUACGAUAUGAUGAACUCGCUUGCGAAAACAAACAGCACAACAAAUAUAAGCGACAGCGUAAUUGAAGCUAUAGAAACAAGUGCUGCCUCCUGUGAUUUCUACUUAGCUUGUAACACCUUUUUACUGCUCACGCUGCUCUCGAUGAUGACCUGUGCCACAUACCAAGUUUUGCGCAUUUUACUAAAGCUAAUGCUGCUGCUCUUUGCCGCCGCCUCCUACCUGGCCUGCUCCCUCUACUUGUAUGCACACAGCAAGGAAAUCAGUUAUGAAUUGGCUAAUGAGGAAGCCUUGCUGCGCUACAUAAUUGAUUCAAUCUUCCUCUUUGCAUUUAUGCUGGCUUUGAUUUUUCACAGCCAUCAGACUGAGGCGACAUAUCGUUUGGACUUUAUUUGGAAACUGCAGGCAACGGAGGAAAAGGAGGAUAUGGAGCAUCUACAGGCUUAUAAUCGUAAACUGCUCGAAAACAUUUUGCCCGUGCAUGUUGCCGAGCAUUUCCUCAGUCGAGAGAAGCACAUUGACGAUCUGUACCACGAACAAUGCGACAGUGUGUGCAUCCUCUUUGCUUCAAUACCAAACUUCUCCGAGUUCUAUGUAGAGCUGGAGGGCAACAACGAGGGUGUUGAAUGUUUACGCUUGCUCAACGAGAUUAUUGCCGAUUUCGAUGAAUUACUGAGUGAGGAGCGUUUUCGCUACAUCGAGAAAAUCAAGAGUACGGGGGCCACCUACAUGGCCGCCUCGGGGCUGACGGCCAAUACCUGCGACCAGGUUAACUUUAGUCACGUCACGGCUAUGGCGGACUACGCGCUGCAGUUGUUUGACAAAAUCGAGGAGGUUAAUAUGCAUUCCUUCAACAAUUUCCGAAUGCGCAUAGGCAUCAAUAUUGGUCCGGUCGUGGCGGGAGUAAUCGGGGCCUGCAAGCCGCAAUACGAUAUCUGGGGCAAUGCGGUAAAUGUGGCCUCGCGCAUGGACUCUACAGGUCUGGUGGAUCACAUUCAGGUUACCCAAGAGACGCAGCAGAUACUGGAGAGUCGCGGCUACGAGUUGACUUGUCGUGGCAGUGUCAAUGUAAAGGGCAAGGGCUCCAUGAUCACCUACUUUCUCAAGGGCAAGCUGGCGGGUGGCAGCGAUGUGGCCACAAAAGCGGAGGUCGCUGUGGAACCGCCCAAGACCUUGACAAUCAAUGCUCAGCCAGCUUCAAAUUUACAGAGCGAUUCAAUGGCAGAAACAGCGGCAACAGCAGCGGCAGAGACGAAUGCCAAGGAGGAUGCCCAGGAUGAUGCCGACGAGUUGCCUUCACCCGACAUUGAUCUCAACUCGAAUAUGCAGAGCUUGACGGCACAGCGUCGCAAAUCGCUCUGUCGACAGCACAACAUCUCCUCCUCUUUCGGCACCAAUGUUAGCAGCUCGACGGCCAUUACGCCCAGUCUCUCGAACAGCUCCAGUGUAGUGACAAUUGGCGCCUUGCCAGCGCUGCUCAAAAGCGCCAAUGCCAGCAAUAUGGCUGACAAUUGCUCCGAGUGUGGCCAGAACAAAUCUGUUUCGAUGGUCACCAACUCGCCCGUUGCCCCACCUCCUCCUCGAACGCUGGUCGCAGAGCUUAAGGAUGAAAUCACACGCGAUGAGAAAUGCACUCUCAAGGACUCGAUUGAAAAUUUAGAAAUUCUACUGAAAAACAACAUUAGUUUGUCCGAUUUGAGCAACAAACAGCAGCAGAAUCUACGCAGCACCACGACAGCGCUGCGGAAACGCGACACAAUCGUCAGCUUCAAUGUAACGGAAGCACUGGCGUCGACGCCACAGCAACAACAACAACAGCAGCAGCAGCAGCUACAAAGAAAACGCAAGUCGGUGACAACGAUGAUGGUCAGCUGCAUAUCGACAGCAACAACAACGACCCGUCUAUUAUCAGACGAGAGCAACAGUUCCACCCAAACGGCACCGGGCACCCUCGAAACGCAGGAUGGGCCCACCAGUCUACUGGAACGAGCAGAAAGCAGCCAACACGACUGGCAGCCGCGCACAGCGACGCUCGAACCGAACCGCAGUCCCAUCAAGACCUCGCAAUCGAUGAGUCCAAUCGGCCUGACCACCGAGGUGUUUGUUCUGCCUAACAGUCGCAGCAUGAUUCUGAUAAGCAGCAGCGGGGGCGAUGGUGGUGGCAGUGGAAGUGGAGCCGGAGGUGGCAGCAGUCCGGGCACUGCUGGUGGUGCUGCCGCUUACGUUUUGCAGGAUGUCAGCACAUAAUUGCAUUGGCAGGCAAGGAAGAUGGGAGAUGGUGGUACGAGAGGGUACGCCAGGGGGUUAGGCUUGGAAAUAUAAAUCGUGUAAAUAUGUAAAAUAUGCAGCCGCAUUUAAGGCACAAGGUCGAUGCAGGAUUCUUAGUAGAGCUGUUAUGUGGGGCUCAAGUGGGAGUGGGAUUUGAUAGAUGUAUGUACAGUCUUACCUCGCUUAUCACGACUACUUUUCUGCUUUCUAGCUUCAAGCUCAUGAUCUUCUUUUCAGAAUCAAAUUAAUUGAAAUAGUGGAGAAACAAGAAUUAAUUCAGAAUAGGAAUACUUAGAAAUACGAAGCAUCAAGUGUUUAAAACAUAUAUAGUAGCCUAAGUGCUUCGGUGCAAUUGAAAACCUCAUUGGGUACUAAUUUAGCUUCUACUUAUUUCUAUUAAUCUAAAAUAUUGUUAAAGGUCUUGAGUUGAAUUGACUAUAGCUUUGGGAUCAAUUUUACCCUCCGAUAAAUUAUUUGAAUUUUCAACUGCAAAUAUUCGGAACAUCCGUACCGUAUACAAGUAAAAGCAUUUGAUCCACUUCCGAAUCCAUUCUUUAGAAUGAU